AUGGCCAUGAUCAACUCGAUCGAUCGCACGAGUUGCGAUCACAGUAUCACACAGUUUUAUCUCGUGCUCGCCGUGAACCAGAAGACGAUUGUUUUGUGCAUAGCCUCGGAGGUCGUCUUCUUCCUGGGAGCUCUCUCCACGCCACACUGCCCCUGCUCCGCCCGCCCCAGCUUCAUCCCGCCCCGCCUCCGCGCCUCGCCGCGCCCAGCUCCGCUCGCCCGGGCCACCUCGCUCCCAGCUCCGCCCCGCUCGGCCCCGCCUCACCGGGCCGCCGCGCGCUCCUGCUCUACCCGCCCGCCGCGGCUCGGCUCCGCUCCGCCUCCUCCCGGCUCCGCCCGCCGCCGCGCGCCCGGCCGACCCUCGCUCCGCCCGCUCGCCGCGGCCCGGCUCCGCCCCGCCUCAUCCCAGCUACGCUCGCCGCCCGCGCUCCGGCCGGCCCUCGCCUCCUCGCCCCGGCCAGCCCCGCUCCGGCCGGCCCCCGCCCUCCUCGCCUCGGCCAUCCCCGCCCCGGCCAUCCUCGCCUCGGCCUGCUCCAGCGAACUCGAGCCUGCCCCGCCCCGUCACGGACGCCUCCAGGGCCGCCCCGCCCUCGCUCGACGAAAUCGUGGCCGGAUUUUGCUUAAUUUGGUCGUAUUCCGGUAG